CCAUGAAGUCGGGGGGCACGCAGCUCAAGCUCGUCAUGACGCUGCAGAACUACGGACAGGCGCUGUUCAAGCCCAUGAAGCAAACCAGGGAGCAGGAGACGCCCCCCGACUUCUUUUACUUCUCUGACUACGAGAGGCACAACGCGGAGAUCGCCGCCUUCCACCUGGACAGGAUCCUGGACUUCCGCCGGGUGCCGCCCGUGGCUGGCAGGGUGGUCAACAUGACCAGGGAGAUCCGGGACGUCACGCGGGACAAGAAGCUGUGGAGGACAUUCUUCACCUCGCCAGCCAACAACAUCUGCUUCUACGGGGAGUGUUCCUACUACUGCUCCACGGAGCACGCCCUGUGCGGGAAGCCAGACCAGAUCGAGGGGUCCCUGGCGGCCUUCCUGCCCGACCUGUCCCUGGCUAAGAGGAAGACGUGGCGGAACCCCUGGCGGCGCUCCUACCACAAACGCAAGAAGGCGGAGUGGGAGGUGGACCCCGACUACUGCGAGGAGGUGAAGCAGACGCCGCCCUACGACAGCAGCCAGCGCAUCCUGGACAUCAUGGACAUGACCAUCUUCGACUUCCUCAUGGGGAACAUGGACCGCCACCACUACGAGACUUUCGAGAAGUUCGGGAACGAGACAUUCCUCAUCCACCUGGACAACGGCCGGGGGUUCGGGAAGCACUCACAUGACGAGCUUUCCAUCCUGGUGCCGCUGCAGCAGUGUUGCAGGAUCAGGAAGUCCACCUAUCUGCGGCUGCAGCUGCUGGCCAAGGAGGAGUUCAAGCUGAGCCUGCUGAUGGCGGAGUCGCUACAGCGCGACCAGGUGGCGCCCGUGCUGUACCAGCUGCACCUGGAGGCCCUGGACCGGCGGCUGCGCCUGGUGCUGCGGACCGUGCAGGACUGCAUUGAGAAGGACGGGCUGCCCAGCGUGGUGGAGGAGGACCUGGGCCCCGAGCACAGAGCUGCCCCCGAGAGGUAGUGACCGGCGCCAUGGGUCCGGCGAGCACAGACGCUGGCCGCGGCCCUGCCAGGACUGGGGAGGCAGCGCUGCCCAGGUCCCGGGCCGCGGUUCCCUCCGUGUCCAUCUGCGGUGCUUGGAGAGACUGCCGAGCCGGCCGCGGGCAGGUCCACUCGGGGGCCGCGCACUCCGCACCCAGCUCCAGUGAAGCUUGUCCCCAGCCCGGGCCUCAGCGCCCACGUGGCGGGGCUCCUCAUGGCGGACAGACGGACAGAUGCUCUCGGGGCGACCCACGUCCAGUUCUUGCACUCAUCCAUCCCACGUGGUGCCCGUGCCCCCGCUCGCCCUGGACGUUGGGGUAGACGCAGCCCGAGCUGGAGGCUUGCUCGGCCGCGUUGCCGGGGAACGGUUUGCAAUACGGUAAACACGCAAUAAAAACUCGGCACACGCA